AAUCACUCUUGGUCGGGAUCGUUGCUAUUCAACACCGGCAGUUUAGCAGCUGUGUUCUACGGAAGAGUCCUGCUCUUUGAACGACAACUGUCACACUUAGGGUUUGUUGGGGGGGGUUAAGUGUAAUCUAAAGCUGUGAGAGCAGCGUUGCUUUUAGCGCGCUUUCCAGCUCUGGCGUGAAGCGGGCUUUUCUGAAAUGAAGGCCAGGCGUGAAGAGAGCCCCGGCGGCAGGCCACAGGAUACUCGACCAUAAGACUUAAAGCUAGCACUGUUAGCCGAGGCUGCCUGCUGCUCUCGGUCGGAUACAUUUCCACUGGUUUUUUUUUACGCGAACCGUCGUGAAUCGCUGGUACUCCCCUUUGUGUCUCUGGCCACUCACAUUUCUCAAUUUUUUGUUAGGUAAUAACUAACAUAUUUUCGUCUCUGGGAAACUUUCACAAAGUUGGUUGUUUUCCGUUACUACAUCGUUAAUGUACUGAUGUCAUUCUUGAACGUCUUGUGAAUUUCAAAGAUCAGAAACUCGCUCAGAAUUGGACUUCCUCUGUGCACGCUUCAGUUUUCUGUGUUGUUUACGCGAAGCUGACAGUCAUUCAGCGGCUAUUAUUGUUUCUCUGCAACUGAAAGAUUAACCACAAAGCGCCCCGAUGGAGGACAAUGACAACAUGGAAUAUUUUUACCAGCAAGUUUCGCAGAAGGACGUGACCCGAAGGCUGCAGGUCGGCCCGGAUCUCAUAGACUACCUGAGUGAUCCCCAAAGAUCAUGGGACGUGGAACAGGACAAACCGCGCCUGGACAAAACCAUAGACGAGCUGACUGGAUGGGUCAAUUCAAGCAAUUACAAGGUUGCAUUGAUGGGUAUCGAUAUCGUCAGCGCAUUUGUGGAUCGAAUGACUGAUCGCUUCAGGGGUUAUUUUGGCACAGUGGUGCCUGUGUUAGUUGAUCGUUUGGGUGAUGCAAAAGACCAGGUUCGAGAACAGACACAAGCACUCAUUCUGAAGCUGAUGGAUCAGGCAGCAACGCCCAUGUAUGUUUGGGAGAGGCUGUUUACCGGCUUCAAACACAAAAACUUCCGCAGUAGAGAGGGUCUCUGCCUGUGCUUGGUUGCCACACUCAAUGCGUACGGUGCUCAGCCUUUGAGUUUGAGUAAAUUUGUUCCAAAUCUUUGUUCACUAACAGGAGACCAAAACCCCCAGGUGCGGGAGGCAGCUAUAACAACAUUAGUGGAGGUGUAUCGACAUGUAGGAGAGAAAGUGAGAGCAGACCUCAGCAAGAGAGAUUUACCAACUGCACGGUUACAGACUAUUCUGAGUCGUUUUGACGAAGUGUUAAAUUCGGGGAACAUGGCUCUUAGCCUGAGUCAGGAUCGUAGUUUUGACGAUGAUGACUCUGUGGAUGGAAGCAGGCCGUCAUCGGCUCAGGCUGCCUUUAAAGUACCUAAAGUCCCCAAGAAACCUGGAGAUUCUGCUAGCAGUUCCAGAAGACCCAGUGCCACUGGAGCCAGCAAAACAGUUGUCUCUAAAGAGGGGGCAGGAGCUGUGGAUGAGGAGGAUUUUAUUAAAGCAUUCACAGAUGUCCCCACUGUUCAGAUCUACUCCACACGGGACCUGGAGGAUAACCUGAACAAGAUCCGUGAGGUUCUGUCUGAUGAUAAACAUGACUGGGAUCAUAGAGUUAACGCGCUGAAGAAAAUCCGAUCUCUGUUGGUUGCCGGGGCUACAGACUAUGAUUGUUUCUAUCAGCACCUGCGCCUGUUGGACGGCGCAUUUAAGCUGUCAGCAAAAGACCUGCGUUCUCAGGUGGUGCGGGAGGCUUGCAUCACAGUGGCGCAUCUCUCCACAAUAUUGGGGAAUAAGUUUGAUCACGGAGCAGAGGCUAUUGUCCCAGUGCUCUUCAAUCUCAUCCCAAACUGUGCCAAAGUUAUGGCCACAUCUGGAACCGCAGCCAUUCGAAUCAUUAUACGGCACACUCACGUCCCACGAUUGAUUCCACUCAUCACUGGUAACUGCACAUCAAAGGCUGUGGCCGUACGGAGGCGCUGUUAUGUAUUUUUAGAUCUUCUGCUGCAGGAGUGGCAGACUCACUCUCUGGAGAGGCAUGUGGCUGUGUUGGUGGAGAGUAUUAAGAAGGGAAUCAGAGAUGCUGACUCAGAGGCUCGAGUGGAGGCCCGGAAGGCAUACUGGGGGUUGCAGGCUCAUUUCCCUGGGGAGGCGGAGUCUCUGUAUAACUCAUUAGAAUCUUCCUAUCAGAAGACACUACAGUCGUAUUUGAAGAGCUCAGGCAGUGUAGCAUCUCUUCCGCAGUCUGAUCGCUCGUCCUCUAGCUCCCAGGAAAGCCUGAAUCGGCCGCUGUCAAAGUGGUCUGCUGCUCCAGGCAGAGUGCCUGCAAGCUCAAAGUCAUCAGGAUCUCCAGGCUCUUUGCAGCGUUCCCGCAGUGAUGUGGAUGUUAACGCAGCCACUGGUGCUAAAGCCAGACACGGUGGACAGGCUGGAGGGGCGGGGCGAGUCGCGACAGCCCUGCCCCCUGGAUCAUACGCAUCUCUCGAUGAUGCCUCUGAAAAAGAUGGGCGACUACGGACUAAGCAGACUUUAUCAACGGCAUCUAGUGUGGGCAGCAGUCAGGUCGACUCGAGAGGGCGGAACCGGUCAAAGAUGGCAUCCCAGUCACAACGUUCUGACGAUUCUGAUUGCACGCCAGGAUCACUGUCUGCUACCCCUGUUGAUGCGGGUUCUCGCUCUGGUUCCCCGGGCCGGGUGUUAGCCAGCACAGCUCUGAGCACACUCAGUACAGGAGCACAGCGUGUCAGCGCAGCUCCGGGCUCUCACCGUCGCAGCCGGAUCCCACGCAGUCAGGGCUGCAGUCGAGACUCCAGCCCCACACGUCUGUCUGUCGCUCCAUCAAACAUCAGCCACAUCUACAAUGGAUCCAAAGGAGCGAGGGGUAGUCGUAUACCACGGCCUAGUGUGAGUCAGGGCUGCAGUCGUGAGGCCAGCCGAGAGAGCAGCAGAGACACCAGCCCUGUGCGCUCCUUCACGCCGCUUGCAUCCCGGCAUUAUUCACGCUCAACUGGUGCUCUUCAUGCCCCAGAUACCUUCGGGGCAACAGGUUCUGGGUUGGGUUUGUCUCAGUCCAAUCGUCUCUCAUCCUCAGUAAGUGCUAUGAGAGUGCUGAACACAGGAUCAGAUGUGGAGGAAGCCCUGGCAGAUGCUCUGCUAUUAGGAGAUAUGCGAGGCAAGCAGAAGAAACCAGCCCGGCGGCGGUAUGACACCUGUGGUAUGUACUCCGAUGAUGACGCAAACUCUGACGCAUCCAGCGCAUGCUCUGAACGUUCGUACAGCUCCCGGAAUGGCAGUAUUCCUACUUAUAUGCGACAGACAGAAGAUGUGGCCGAAGUUCUCAAUCGCUGUGCCUCUGCCAACUGGUCUGAAAGAAAAGAGGGAUUGAUGGGAUUGCAGGCUUUGCUGAAGAACCAACGCAUUCUCAGCCGAGUUGAACUGAAGAGGCUGUGUGAAAUUUUCACCAGGAUGUUUGCAGACCCACACAGCAAGGUUUUCAGCAUGUUUCUGGAGACACUUGUGGACUUCAUUGUGGUUCAUAAAGAAGAUCUGCAGGACUGGCUCUUUGUGCUACUCACACAACUGCUGAAGAAAAUGGGAGCAGAUCUGCUUGGCUCAGUACAAGCCAAAGUACAGAAAGCGCUAGACAUCACAAGAGAGUCUUUCCCUAAUGAUCUACAGUUCACCAUCCUAAUGAGGUUCACAGUUGACCAAACACAGACACCCAACCUAAAGGUAAAGGUGGCCAUUUUGAAGUACAUAGAAACACUGACACUACAAAUGGAGCCGCAGGAUUUUGUCAACUCAAGUGAAACCAGACUGGCAGUGUCGCGUAUUAUUACAUGGACCACUGAACCCAAGAGCUCAGAUGUCAGAAAGGCAGCACAGUCAGUAUUGAUUUCAUUGUUCCAACUGAACACACCAGAAUUCACAAUGCUUCUAGCAGCAUUACCAAAAACCUUUCAAGAUGGAGCCACCAAAUUAUUGCAGAACCACCUGCGGAACACAGGCAACACAGCCCAGGCUACGAUGGGAAGCCCUCUCACCCGACACACCCCAAGAUCACCAGCCGGUUGGUCAAGUCCCUUAACCUCCCCUACAAACACAUUACAGAACCCACCUUCACCAAGUGCAUUUGAUUACGAUACAGAGAACAUGAACUCUGAGGAGAUCUACAGUUCUCUGAGAGGAGUCAGCCAGGCCAUCCAGAACUUAAGUGUCCGCAGCCAAGAGGACAUGACUGAACCUAUGCGAAAAAGAGAAGGGGACGGAGAAGAUGGAGGUGUUGAAACUACAGACUCUGGUCGGACAGCGCUGGAUAACAAGACCUCUCUUCUAAAUACUAUGCCGCUCCUCUCCUCAAGUCCCCGCCCAACACGGGAAUACCAGCCAGUCAGCUACUCUGACUCCUUCACCUCCUCCCCUUUUAGUAAAAGCCUUAAAGAUGUAGACCAAGAUUCAGAGUCCCUCACAGAUGACAGCGGUGUGGACCAGUCUGAGGUGAUUUCUGAGCUUCUAAAGGAGCUCUCGAAUCACAGUGAGCGAGUGGAAGAGAGGAAGGCUGCGUUGUGUGAGCUAAUGAGGCUGAUCAGAGAAACACAACUACAUGUUUGGGAUGAGCACUUCAAAACCAUCCUCCUGCUGCUCCUGGAGACACUAGGGGAUGGAGAGCAUGUCAUCCGGGCAUUAGCACUGCGAGUGUUAAAAGAGAUCCUUAACAGGCAACCGUGGCGCUUUAAAAACUAUGCUGAACUCACUGUUAUGAAGACCCUGGAAGCACAUAAAGACCCACACAAAGAGGUGGUGCGGGCUGCAGAAGAGGCAGCAUCUAUGUUGGCCACCUCAAUAAGUCCCGAUCAGUGUAUUAAAGUGUUGUGCCCCAUCAUCCAGUCAGCCGACUACCCCAUUAACCUGGCUGCCAUCAAGAUGCUCACAAAAGUCAUCGACCGUCUUCCCAAAGAGGGUCUGCUUCAGAUGCUCCCUGAGAUAGUCCCUGGGCUCAUUCAGGGUUAUGAUGACUCUGAGAGCAGUGUACGAAAGGCUUGUGUAUUUUGCCUGGUGGCCAUCUAUGCUGUCAUUGGAGAGGAUCUUAAACCUCAUCUUAGCCAGCUUUCUGGCAGCAAGCUGAAACUGUUGAAUUUGUACAUAAAGCGAGCUCAGAGCGGCUCCAGUGGAAGUGACCAGUCUUCAGAUGUUGGAGGGCAGGGCCUGUAGCUCUGCCAUUGUGAUUCAGAACUACAGCUCUCUCUUAGAGCAGGGGGACCCUAGCUGGCUUUUUAACUCUCAUGCAUACAGAAACAAACUCACACACGCUUGCCUACAAAUACACGAAGCCGCAUGCACCUACACAGCUGGACACUCUCCACUGGCUCCACACUACCUUCCAGACAAAAGAGCAUCAGGAGACAACGGUGAUAUUUAUGAACAACUCUGCACACAGGCAACAGGAAGAGGGGGAUGUUGUGGGUUUCAUUUGGCAAUGUGCAGAUAAUUUCUUUUUUAGCAAAGAGCCUUUGAAAAUGCUGAUUUUUAAGAUGAUGUUUCAGAACUCAUUGAUCUGAGCAACAUGUCAUAAACUUUCCCAAUUGCUCACUAUUAAUUAUUAAUGGUCAUAUCAGUUCAUAACAUUGAGCAGUUAGUCCAGCUUGCUCUUAUAAGGCAUACUUUGCUUGGCUAUAUGCAUGUCAUGAAUAAACCUUUUUAUCUGGUUGUGUCCAUGGCUUGAUGGGCCAUGCUUCAGUCGUCACGCACACAAGAAUCUCCAGCGAAGCCAGAUGUGAUACCACAACACAGGCAGUAUGUAUCUAUAUAUAACAUUACAUAACAAAGGAAUAUUCGAGAAGAUCUUGUGCUGUCCUUGAGGGUGCGUGAAUUCUUUAAGUAGCAUAGUGUCAUUCUUCUCUGAUGGGAAAUUUGUAGAAAUGUAUUUACGCAUCUAAAUGCCGCAACUGUCUUGUCACUUCUUUCCUAUAGUGUCAGUCUUUCUCCCCUGUGAGGAGGUGCGCUUUCUUCCCGAUGUAUUUCUAGAACUGUGCUAACAAUGAAAUUAAAAUAAAGACAAGUGUACAGU